ACCAAAAAAAUGUCUCAAUUUUAUUAUAAACGCCAUAUGUCUGUCCCAUACAACUCCCGUCCCAUAUCUAUCGGUGACGGUCUCGAAGCUUAUCCAUUGCCCGUCAAGUGUACAGUGAUUGGCGACUGUUCCGUUGGAAAGACAUCGCUUCUCAUAUCGUAUACUACCGGUGCGUUUUCCACACAAUAUGUGCCAACAAUCUUUGACAACUAUCACAAGGAGGUCAUCUGCGACGGUAUACUCGUCGAUCUGGAACUGUCGGACACCGCCGGCCUCGAAGACAAACGUCGGAUCCGAUCGAUGUCUUAUCUCGAGACGGAUGUAUUUGUCGUCUGUUUUUCAAUUGUUUCGCCAAAAAGUUUUCAUAAUGUCGUCGACAAAUGGAUACCCGAAAUCAAAGAGUGUUUACCAAAUAAGCCGUUCAUUUUAGUCGGUACAAAAUGCGAUUUACGGACAAACAAUGAUAUACUCAAUGAAUUGCAUCUAAACAACGAUAAGCCGAUCGAUCGGCUGACUGGCCAGAGAUGUGCGGCCAGACUCGGAGCCGUCAAAUAUCUCGAAUGUUCGGCGGACACCAAACUGGGUGUCAAUCAAAUAUUUGAUGAAUCGGUACGUAAAGCGCUGGAAAUGUUGGCCUAUCGGCCGGUAAAACAUAAAUCAUUGAUUACGUGUUGUAUCUCAUGA